GAUCAGUAAUAGAUAUGUCACAUUUAUACUUAAAUCACACUCAAAUAUACUGUAUUCGUUUUUAAAUAUUAGUUAAUUAAAUGAAUUGGGAAAACUACUUUAUAAUCAAUAUUAUAGAAAAAUCAGUUGUAGUUAAGAAUUAUCUUUGUAUGUGGAUUUAGAUAGUUAUUAAAAGUCAUAAUUUUGUUUCACGAUCAUAUAAAAAUUAUCUCGUAAUGUACAUUGAAAAUGAAGAAGAUUAUAAAUUCGCCGCCUGUACUUAUUUUGCUAGAAAUCAUCCGGGAGAAACUUGUGGUAGUAAUGGAUUACCUCUUACUCCGAGCUCUGUAACUAUUCUAAGUCGGGCGCAGCGAUUAUUGAAUAUAGAACAUCCUAAUUUGUGCACUUAUUUGGACGUUAUUAGGGGUAAACAUGAAAGGAUAAUAGUAGUGGCUGAAGUGAUUGGAAAAUCACUAAAGGAAAUCACUUCAAAGUUUACAUAUCAAGAAAUCACUAACAUUGGUAGACAAUUAGCUAAUGGCUUAAAUUUUUUACAUGAUCAAAACAUUACACAUAGGACUCUGGCUGAUGACAAUAUAUUGUUGGACAAUAAUGGCAGAGUGAAAUUGUUUAAUUUUGGAAUGUAUUAUAUGACUGGUAGUGGAGAAGAAGUGUCUUUUCCACUUGGUCUCCCAAAAUAUCUAAGUCCUGAAACAAUAUUGAAAGGUGGAGGGCCAGCUGCAGAUGUAUGGUCCUUUGGCAUAAUCCUUCUAGAGUUGUGCAUUGGAAAAUUAUGGCACAAUUUGAAACCUGGCCCUAUAUUAAGGCGAAUAUUAACAUUAGUUCAUGCUAAUAAUCCAGCAGAGAGGAUAGCAAGGGAACAUGAUUGCCUUGAUACUUAUAAAGAAGUUCCAGAAAAUCUAAGAAACAUAAUAGAGAUGUGUCUAAAAAUAUAUCCAAGUGAGAGAGCUACAUUUGCAACACUCGUAGAUAAGUUAUCGCAAAUAGAUGACAAAGAAUUGGUGACAGUGAAGGCUGAGCGCGGUCUCAUGGGGUGUAAGCUUCAGUACUUGUACCAUUGGUGGCAGUUGGCAGGUGGAGACAUACAGGCGGAGUUGAAAAAAAAUUGUCUGAUCAAAAACACACCACCAAUAUUAUCUAUGCCUAUAGCGAUCCUCUUAGAUGGCUGCACUAUAGGUGGCAAGACGGGAGCUUUGUACGAUCGCCGUAUUGCAAAAUAUAGUCUUGAUUUGUUAAAAAUUCGCCUCAACCAUAUACCACCACAUGAUUACUACCCGCUCAUGCACGAAAGGAAGAAGGAAUAUGAUGCUGUGCUGCUACCGAAAAUAAUCAGGGAGAGGGACACAGAGUAUCAAUUUUAUAGAUUACUAUUGUUUCAGAGGUUACUACAUGGAUACCCCUUCACAGCCCCGUACAUAAGAGCCGAAGCCGAGAUAGACAUACCGCCGUUAGUGCGCGGCGACGUAUGGGCGGCGCUGCUCGGCGUCGUCGGCGAUAUUCAGGACCAAUACGAGAGGAUAGACAAAGAGACGCCAACGCCUACUGACAGACAAAUAGACGUGGACAUCCCUCGUUGCCACCAGUACUGUUGGCUGCUGAGCGGCGCAGACGGUCAUCGCGCGCUCAAGCGGUUGCUCAAAGCCUGGCUACUCACAAAUCCACAGUAUGUCUACUGGCAAGGCCUGGAUUCACUCACCGCACCAUUUUUGUAUUUGAAUUUUUGUAAUGAAGCUCGCGCUUUCGCAUGCUUGUCAGCGUUUGUUCCAAAAUUUCUGCAUAAGUUCUUCUUGAAAGAUAACAGUUUUGUGAUAAAGGAGUACCUAGCAAAGUUUUGGCAGAUGACCGCCUUCCACGAGCCCGAAUUGGCUACCCAUCUGCACGAGAUAAACUUUGUGCCAGAACUGUUUGCAAUACCAUGGUUCCUUACUAUGUUUUCACAUGUGUUUCCACUACAUAAAAUUGUCCAUCUGUGGGACGCUUUGCUUGUGGAAGGUCCAGCGCUGCCGCUGUUUAUGGGCGUUGGAAUCUUGCGUCAACUACGCGACACAUUGCUAGAAUCAGGGUUCAACGAGUGCAUAUUACUGUUCUCGGACUUGCCUGAAAUUGAUAUUGGGGAAUGUGUCAAGGAGUCUAUAGCCAUGUGCCGCAGUUCUCCGCGCAGUAUUAGUUAUAGAAGGUUUACCAACGAAGCGGAAUUAAAAGACCCCAUGGACGUGGUGGAAAUACCAAUGGAAACAUUGUUCACGGAGAUUUGUCCAAGGAUCAACCUCUCCGAUUUCUUCUCAUUGAUAUGCCAAAACAAGUGUUGUGUUAUUGACAUAAGGUCCAAUUUGCUAUACGAGAAGAGUUGCAUCGAGGGCAGCAUCAACGUACCGUUCAGCGGAGUGCAGCUGGGUCACGUGUCGCAGCGUGCACUCGGUCUGCCGGCGCAGCAAGCGCUGCAGAAUGCUGCUCGGCAAGCGCACACUGUAGUCGUGGCCGGGCACGCCAAUGACGACAGCGCCCGCUUGUUCAGCGAAUACCUAGUGAAGUGCGCUGUGGCCCGGGUGUGUAUUCUUCACGGCGGUAUACCGGCACUGCAGGCGAAUGUGCCGUCCCUCUUCGUCACUCCACCAAAGAAAAAUUAAUUUCAAUACGAAAAACUAUGAUCAGUCAGACACGAAAUUUCUAAUUGUGAUAUUUAUGUAGGUAAUAGGGGGCCUACCAUGAAAUGAAAUUCCGAAGUUUCGGACUCAAUUUCGUGUUUUCGUUCAUACCUAAAUCGGCAGUAAAUGGAGCUUAACAUUUCGUUCGUCAUAAAUCUUACUAUAAAAGUCCAAAAUAAUAAUAUUUUGAUAUUUUUUAUGUUUUUAAACGGUAAAUAUUACGUAAUUUUAACAUCAAAUUUGUGUUUCGUUCGGGUCCGAAAUUUCGGAAAACAUUUCAUGGUAAGCCUUCAGUAUAUUGCUACGUGUACGAAUUUCAGAUUUUACAUUUCUAAGAUUGCCCCGAUUUUGGAUGUCAUUUUUAUUUAUUUAGUAAUAAAUCUAUAAUAUUAAACUGAUUAACGGAUUUAAUAGACUGAUAGUUUUGUUUCGAUAUAUUUUAAUGAAAAGGUAACCGAGUUCCGUUGAAAUUAUUACAUGAAAUUCAUAACAAAUCUAAAUUUCUUCUUCUUCGUAUCCUCAAGGCUGAGGGAUGUGAUUAUGAUAUGCAGCAUGUGCCACCACUCUUUUCCAAAUCGCACGAUUUUGUGCUUUGGGAAUAAACUCUUGCAAGGUAGUUGCAGUUGCCUGCUGAAUUGUCUUAUCGGUGCUCGGCCUCUACUCUUACCCUCCACACAGCUGUCCAAGAUUAACCUUUCAUUUAAUCGAAAUAUUCAAUGUUUUUUUUUUUAUUUAUGUUAUUAGAUAUUAGCAGACUGUCUUAUUGUCUGGUCAACUAUUUGUUUGUUUAUAUUUUCAUUUGCUUCUAUUGAAACAGACUAUACCAUGUUUGUUGUAUUAAUAUAUAUUGUAAUAAUAUGAAACGUUAUUCAUCAUCAUCAUCAUCAUCAAAUCAGCCUUUAAUUGUCCACUGCUGAACAUAAGCCUCCCCUUGGGGGGGUUUACCAGUAGUUGCCACGCUUGGCAGGCGGGUUGGCAAUCGCAGUCAGGCUUUAAAGAUGUUUUAAGAGAGACUCUGUUGCCCAUCCCUCGCCCUCCUUAGUCGGUUCUUACGAUACACACGAGAAAGGAAGGGGUGGCCCAUUCUAUGCCGGGACCGGGAAUCUUAUACAAGUUAAACUAAAAUACCUACAUAAGAGAUUCAAAAUUUUUUUUAUGCAUACCACCUGAUACUAAUUGGUAAUAACAAAAACAGGGGAAGAAUAAACAAGUAUCCCAAUUCAUAUGAAAUCUGAGCGAAAUAUAUUUCUGCGUUUUGCUAUACUGCAAUCCAUAUUGAAAAAAAGUAUAUAAAAAUGAGUUUGUUUAUUAAGCAACGGUAUAUUUAGGUGACGCCCAAUAAAAGUUUUAUUAUUUGUUAGUAUUUAUUAAAAAGUAGGGUGGUAACGAACCCGUUAUAAUUACCUAAUCUUUCGUCAAAAAAAAAAAAAAAGUAUGAGGCCUAGAGAUCUAAGUAUAUAAGCUAAAAGCUUAUUGCUUUUAGCUUAAUUUUUAAAUAAACAUUUUUAAUUAAGCAUAGUCUAUGGUCACCGCUAUCUCCGCCCCCGCGCCCCGCCCCACCCGCACCGACGUCUUCAGAUACUAUGCGAGCUGCGGCCUACAAUGAGACGCUAUGACGCAAAGCACCUUACGCCCCCUAAAGAAUUCCGGAUGAAAUGGAAACCAUUGUUAGAAACGACAAAAAAAAAAACAGUGAGUUCAUUAAUUUCUAGUUACAUGUAUAUAUAUAAAUGUUUCAAAUAUUAUUAUUAUAAAAAUGGAGAAACUAUAACUAUUAUAAUGGGCGACACAGUGUACUCUAUUAUACCCAUAAUACUGUUCAUGUCAGUCGGUGACGGUUACUACUUUCCAUCAGGUAGGCCGCCUGCUUGUUUGCCAUUUUAAGUUGUAUAAAAAAAAAAGAAAAUAUAAUUUUUUUAAUUCUGUUACGAACAGUCAUUAAAAAAAAUAUAGUUAAUUUUUUUAUGUUAUUUAAAAAUAGACAACGAGUAUCAAAACAUAUAAUAGUAGAAGUCUAUAUGUAGUUAGUUGUUCUAUUUAUAUUUCAAUUAUACGGAAUCACACGCUACGGGACACAUUCGCACAUGGCCGAUUUCUCUCAUAACUGUUAAAAAAAAAAAGAAAAAUACCUAUGCGUACGUUUGGUCAAUGAACUCACGAUAGAUUGGCUGCUGCCAAAGCGUGUGUGUGGCCGAUAUGGCUAACGUGUGAAAUACCUAAAAGAAAUGUGUAAAUACAUAUAAUAAAAUGAAAUAAAAAAGAAAUGGUCACGAUUUUAUAAUUAUCAUCGUCGGCAAAAGAUCUUUAAUUAUAAAGAGGUAUAUAUUUGUGACUGUAUCAUUUGUACAUGUGGAAGUGAGUUUGUUUAUUUUAUGAGAGAUAAUGGAAUGGUAACCCCACCCGCGCUAUCGGUAUACACCGGCGGGGCACCAGUGAAGGAUGAUAGGCGAGGAUGAAGCAGGUCAGUUAGCCCAUCGUGACGAAUUCAACAGGAAUUGUUCACGAUGGUUUCCAGGGGGAACCACGUGGAGGUCGAGAGUUUGUUUAUUACCUCAUACCACCUUAAUGGCUUAACCUAUCACUGUGAAGUUUGGUAUACACGUAUAACAUGGGAUGAAGAAGAAUAUAGACUACCUUUUUUUUCCCGGUCAAUUAAUAUAUCUCGUUGUAAAAGCUAGUGAUAAAUAAAUCCAAUACCUGUCGCCUUUACUUGGUUUAAUGUGGUUUAUUCGAUAAUACACCGAUAUAUAUUUCGUUACCGGAGAGUUCUUGCUGCUUAUACUACACAUAAGUAUUUUACUACUAUUUACUACUACACACAUAGUUCUAAAAGGAAUAAUUGAACGUUUUGUUCUACUAUUGAAACUUUUUCGUCCUUA